UGCACCAUCUUCUGAGACGGCCAUCUCGAGCUGAUGAUUAAUUAACAUCCAUGUUACGGUUGAUAUUGGACUUCAAGCCUUGGCAGGCUCACGGUCACCAAAGUCCCGCGCAAAAAGCACUGUCGAGAAAAAAGUUCUCGAAAGAAACUUCCGACAGUCUGAGUGGCGGCGAUGCGAAUACGAGGUCACAUAUACAACCUUUCAGGAUCUGGUCUAAUAUAUUUUGGGAGGCAGAUCAUAGAUGAUUCAUCCGACUUUCAUCUGAACAUUCUUCGCAGUUAGCCUCUUACUGUGCUUGUUAGCAUGGGCUCACCAAACGCUGUCGAGCUCAAACUCCGGGACCAAACCAACAUCCUUCCACUCAAACGCCUUGUCAUCGUUUAUGCAACUCUCUCGCUCUCACUCUUCAUUUGCUAUGCCGACCAGAACGGCAUUGGGGUUGCAUUGCCAACUAUCGCGAGGGACCUCGAUGCCGGCGAUACAAUAUCAUGGGCAGGGACGUCUUCGCUCAUCGCCAACACAGUUUUCCAAGUCCUCUACGGACGGCUGUCUGACAUCUUCGGGCGUAAGGUGAUAUACCUAUCCGCGAUUGCGCUGCUGGUUGUCGCCGACGUUUUGUGCUCAAUCGCACCGAACGCAUAUGCAUUUUAUGUCUUUCGCGGCAUGGCUGGUGUUGCUAAUGGCGGCAUCAACUCUUUGACAAUGAUGAUUGUGUCUGAUGUUGUAACGUUGAAACAGCGAGGCAAAUACCAGGGUAUUCUGGGGGCUUGUAUCGGGCUCGGUAACACGUUUGGUCCCCUUGUGAGUGGCGCUUUCGCUCAAUACUUGACCUGGCGUGGAUUCUUUUGGCUGUUAGCUCCUAUGGGGGCGUGCUGUGCUGUCUCUGGGUGGUUCCUAGUUCCGAGCAAGCCUGUAGAAGGGCAUGUCAUGGACAAAGUCAAGCUCAUAGACUGGUGGGGGAUUCUCACAGGAACAGUAGCCAUAAUACUGCUCCUCAUUCCAAUCUCUGGAGGUGGGGCAUACUUCGAAUGGACCUCACCUAUGGUCAUCGUCAUGCUGACCAUAGGCGCUGUGGCGCUUGUAGCUUUUCUGCUAGUGGAAGCAUUCAUAUCGAAGUUGCCAAUGACGCCCUUGUCGAUGUUCACUAUCACCCCAGUCGCCGUGAUGCUGGCUCAGAAUCUGGUGUUUGGAAUGGCGUAUUACUCCGAACUAUACUAUCUUCCACUGUACUUUGAAAAUGUUCGUGGCUGGUCGCCUAUAAUAUCAGCUUCUCUUACGAUACCUCUCGUUAUCGCACAGGCGGCCAUGAGUGCGUUAUCCGGGCAAUAUAUCUCCUGGGCCAGUCGGUACGGAGAGGUCAUCUGGAGUGGAUAUGCGAUUUGGACUUUAGGCGCCGGUCUUAUGAUACUAUUUGACCGGAACACAUCAGCCGUUGUUAUCAUCUUUAUCACACUUGUGACUGGCCUCGGCGUCGGCAAUGUGUUUCAGCCGGUGCUGGUCGCUUUGCAAGCCCACGCGCCUCGACAUCAACGUGCAGUCAUCAUCUCUAAUCGCAACUUCCUGAGAUCACUCGGCGGCGCAGCAGGACUUGCCAUCAGUGCCGCGAUCCUCCAAAGCUCCUUGAGAGGCGCAUUGCCCAGCGAGCUGUCUUAUAUCGCCAAGAAUGCGUAUGCUCGACCGAGCCUGGAAAGCUUCACAGAGUCGGAGAGAGAAGCCAUCGUCGAUGCUUAUAUGACGGGACUAAGGACAGUAUUUACUUGGUUGGUGCCGCUCAUUGGGUUUUGUCUCUUGAGCUGUAUACUGGUGAAAGACAACGGCUUGGAGCAUAGGGAGAACGACGCAAAGGGGCCGGAAGCGGAAUCUCGAUCCAGUAAAAGUGAUGAGAAGGUAUGAUCGGGUGGUACGUAUACAUAGAACAUGAUUUAACAAGGAGAAGCAUCAUGAUGACACGUGAGCGCCUGGAGCUUACCGGACAUCGUGCUGUGUUUCGGUGGUGAAUGAGAUCCUGGCAUGUCGAAGAGUCAAUCAGUCCAGACUGCUGGAAUCAACUCUGCUAGGUGCAGUGGAACACGCGAAUGCCGCAAAGAGUCAAAUCCCUUUCUCGAUUUGGUUCACGGGUAGUCUUCUUCCAGAAAGGUAUCAUAUUUUUGGUUAGCGAAGGUCAGUGCAGGUAGUACAGAUUCAUCAGUCAGU